GCUUAAUCCCCUUAUUCACCUUACCUUAUCUUUCUGUUAGUUUUACACCAUUUUAUCUGCCAUCUUUCUCUCUCUUCUCUUCUCACUUUCUCUCUCUUAAUUCAAUCCACCCAAAACCCCUAAAUUAUCAUUAAACCCUAAACCCCCAAAUUAUUUUUACGUUCCUUCAAUCAUUGUAUUGAAGGAACCAACAAAUUCAAGCUUGCAUCAAUGGAGUCGGAACCUCAAGUGGAUAGGACGUCGCUUCUUUCUCGACAACCUUCAGGUAUUCGUGCUGUACCUUCUCAUGAUGAUGAUGAUGAUGAUGAAUUUGAUAAUGAAUUAGUUGUUGAAAACAAUAAUUCUCCUGAACAAAUGAAUAAAAUUGAUGAAACUAAUAAGAAUUCGAUUACUAGUAGUAGUAAUGGAAGCAGUGAUAGUAGUAUUAGUAGUAGUUUUGCGAGUAGUGGUGGUAAUAAUGGAAGUUAUGUGAAUGGUGAGGAGGAGUUUGAGACUCCUAUUGAUGGCCCAGAUAAUCAAACCCUAGAGAAAUUGAUUGAGGUUGAUGAAACUGAUGCCCCUGCAUCUGGGUCAGCAUUAGGUUCGCCGGGUGUUCGGGCACCAAAGGCGGGUUUGCCGGUUGCGAAGGUUUCGGGUGAUGGAGAUGAUGAUGACGAUGAUGAAAUUGAGGUUGAUAGUGAAGAGGAGGAUAUUGGUGUAGUUGGGGAUGGAAUGGGUAGGUCUUAUGGUGCUGAAAAGGCGCCUAGAGUUAGGGUUUUGGGUGAGGAAGAGGAGGAGGAGGAGGAUGAGUCGUUUGAGGAGGCGAAAGAAGAAUUGGGUGAUGAGGGCACUCAAGAAAAGAGUGAACUUGAGUCUUUGGAGACUAAGGAUGUUGGUGAUGAUAUGGGGUCUAAAGUGGAGGAAAAUGCUUCCGAAUCUCGUGAUGGUGAGCCAGUUAACGAGGGAGAUGCUGUUGUGGAUUCCAUAAAAGUGGAUGUUGUUGAAGCUGUAAGGUCAGGAGUUGCUGUUGUUGGGGUUGAAGAUGAUAAUAAGCAGGAUUCGAAAGUCGAAUCUGUGGAUAUUGUUGCUGGGGAUACUGAAAAGGAGGUGGAUGCUGAGGUUGAAGUUGGGGAAGAGGAGACCUCUGUUGCCGAAGAACCUGCUUUAGUGGAUUCUGCGUCUGUUGAAGAUAGUGGUGUCAAGCUAACUGAGGAGGGGGAUUCUGUAGUGGACUCAAUAAAUGUUGAUGCUGGUGAAGCUGUUAGGUCUGGAGCUGCUAUUGUUGGGGAGGUAAAGGAAGAGAAAGAAUCAGAGGAUUCAGGAACAGAUGAAAAUGCUGUUGUUGAAGAAUUUCUUUCGACAGUGGAAGGGAAAGACUCAGGGAAUUCGGGAACAGUGGGUGAAAAUACUGUUGAAGAAUCUUCUUCGAUAAUUGAAGAUACUGCUGCAGAAUUACCUGAUGAAGUGGACUUUAAAUCUGUAGAAACUGGUGAGGCCAAGGUUACUGAUGAAGGAGAUGCUGUUGUUGAUGCGGUGAAUGUUGAUGUUGUUGAGGCUGUAAGAUCUGGAGUAGCUGUUGUGGGGGAUGCUGAUGUGGGAACGGAAACAGACAUCAAGGAAAGGAGUGACUUGGAUACUGCAGAAACAAAGGUUGACAAUUCUGCUGUUGAAAAACCUGCUUCAACAGAGGAAGAUUCUGUUGGAGAAGAACCUGCUAAAACGGAUUCUAAAUCCAUGAAAACUGAUGAGGCAAAGGUUACAGAUGAAGGAGACUUGGUUGUUGAUGAAGAUAAUGUUGGUACAGAACCCGUGAAAUCUGGAGUUGCUGUUAUGGAGGACUCUGGAGCUGCCGGAACAGAGAUGAAAGCUGAAGUUAAGGAAGUAGAAGCACCUGCUGGUGAAAACACGACAUUGGCCAAUGAUAAUCAUGUAAAUUCAUCUGAGAUUGUUGAUAAUUCUGACAAAGAGACUCUCGCAAAUGAAGAAGAAACACCUGCAUCAGAAGAGAUUAAUGCUGAAGCUGCUGAAUUCAAGCAGCAUGAGUCUGCUGAUGGAAUGCUAUCUGUUUCUGGUGGGGAGCAAGAGAAGUUUCAGCAUGAUGAUGUAGAUGAUGAUGCAUCUGAUAAGAUGGAUGAUAAAACUGAAACUUUGAUCCCGGAUAAGGGAGAGGAAGCUGAGGAGAGAUUUUAUAUACCCCAAGAGGAAUAUGAUGAAGGCUCUGAUGGUGAAGGUGAACCUCUAUUCUUUAAGAGUGAAAUCUCUUCCAGAAAUUUUAUGGAGGAGUUGGUUUCUGGUGAUCGUUCAGAGAUGAUUGAUGGACAGGUUGUCACAGACUCUGAGGAAGAAGCUGAUUCUGACGAGGAAGGGGAGGGUAGAGAGUUGAUUGAUUCUGCUGCAUUAGCUGCUCUUUUGAAAGCGGCAACUAGUUCUGGUUCAGAUACUGGUCCAAUCACUAUAACAUCUCAGGAUGGAUCUCGCCUUUUUUCUGUUGAGCGUCCUGCUGGUUUGGGAACGUCACUCCGUUCCGUGAGACCUGCGUCUAAUUCAAGCAAUUCCAGCAUCUUUGCUACGCCUAGUGCUGCUGCUCCAUCUGAGGAAAGCCUAAGUGAUGAAGACAAGAAGAAGCUGCAGAAGAUACAGGACUUGAGGGUGAAAUUUUUAAGGCUUGUUCAAAGAAUUGGCCAGACAGUAGACCAAUCUGUAUCAUCACAAGUUCUUUAUAAACUAGCAAUUCUUGCAGGAAGGACGACAGUUCCGUCCUUCAGUCUUGAUAACGCAAAACAGACAGCUAUGCAGCUUGAGGCUGAGGGGAAAGAUGAUUUAGACUUUUCCUUGACCCUGUUGGUUCUUGGGAAAAGUGGUGUUGGCAAGAGUGCCACCAUCAAUUCUAUAUUUGGUGAAGAGAAGGUUAAAAUUAAUGCAUUUGAACCUGAAACCACUUCUGUUAAUGAGGUUAGUGGAGUAGUGGACGGAGUCAAGAUCAGAGUCAUUGAUGCACCUGGUCUUAAAUCUUCUGCAUUGGAGCAGGCUUUCAACCGUAAAGUCUUAGCCUCAGUCAAGAAGUUCACCAAGAGAUAUCCUCCAGAUCUCACACUUUAUGUGGAUCGGCUGGAUUCACAGACAAGAGAUCUAAAUGAUCUACCCAUGUUGAGAACAAUCUCCAACUCUCUUGGUUCUUCCAUCUGGCGGAGUACCAUUCUCACACUCACUCAUGCUGCUUGUGCUCCCCCAGAUGGUCCAACUGGCACUUCAAUUGGCUAUGAAGUGUUUGUGGGACAGCGUAGUCAUGUUAUACAGCAGUCUAUUGGUCAAGCUGUUGGUGAUUUGCGUUUUAUGAAUCUAGGCAUGAUGAACCCUGUUUCCCUUGUGGAGAACCACCCUGCAUGUCGGAAAAAUCGGGAAGGGCUAAAGGUACUUCCUAAUGGCCAGGCCUGGAGACCACAGUUAAUGUUGCUAUGCUACUCUUUAAAAAUUUUGGCUGACGCUAGUCUGACCUCAAAGCCUCAAGAUCCUGUAGAUCACCGGAAGUUUUUUAAUUUCCGUACCCGUUCGCCUCCUCUCCCAUACUUGUUAAGUUCGUUGUUGCAACCUCGUACCCACCCCAAACUUUCAGCUGAUCAGGGUGGUGACAAUGGUGAUUCUGAUGUUGACUUGGAUGACUUGUCCGAUUCUGAUCAGGAAGAAGAUGAGUAUGAUCAGCUCCCACCAUUUAAGCCUUUGAGGAAAACUCAGAUUGCUAAGCUUAGUAGAGAGCAGAAGAAGGCAUACUUUGAAGAAUAUGACUACCGAGUGAAGCUUCUUCAGAGAAAGCAGUUGAGAGAGGAGCUCAAAAGAAUGAGGGAUAUGAAGAAAAACGGCAAACCAAGUGUGGAUGAAUACAGUGAGAUGCCAGAAGAUUAUGAUGGUGAGAAUGGAGCCCCAGCUGCUGUACCAGUUCCUUUACCUGACAUGGUUUUGCCGCCCUCUUUUGACAGUGACACUCCAGCUUAUCGAUAUCGUUUCUUGGAGCCAACUUCGCAAUUCUUGGCCCGGCCAGUUUUGGACACACACGGUUGGGACCAUGACUGUGGGUAUGAUGGUGUCAAUGUUGAGCAAAAUCUUGGGAUUGCAGGACGCUUCCCUGCUGCAGUUACUGUACAGGUGACUAAGGAUAAGAAAGACUUUAAUAUUCACUUAGAUUCUGCAGUUUCAGCGAAGCAUGGAGAAAAUGGUUCUAGCUUAGUUGGCUUUGAUAUUCAAACCAUUGGCAAGCAACUUGCCUACAUUGUGAGAGGGGAAAGCAAAUUUAAAAACUUGAAGAAGAACAAGACAGCAGCUGGAGUAUCUGUUACAUUUUUGGGGGAGAAUGUUGCCACUGGGGUAAAACUUGAAGAUCAAAUUGCUUUGGGCAAGAGGCUUGUUUUGGUGGGGAGCACAGGUACUGUUCGUUCUCAGAAAGAUGCUGCUUAUGGAGCUAAUUUGGAAAUACGUCUCAGAGAAGAAGAUUAUCCAAUUGGCCAAGAUCAGUCCUCAUUUGUGCUGUCACUGAUGAAAUGGAGAGGAGACCUGGCAAUAGGAGGAAACCUUCAGUCCCAGAUUUCUGUUGGGCGGGGUUCAAAGAUGGCUGUUCGUGUUGCCUUGAACAACAAACAGAGUGGGCAGAUCACAGUGAGGACAAGCAGCUCCGAUCAUGUAGCUCUUGCAUAUGCUGGUCUCAUUCCAAUUGCUCUUGCCAUUUAUCGGAAAUUCAGGCCUAGUGUCAGUGAGAAUUACUCUAUCUACUAAAAUCUGCAUUUCAUUUUUGGUUUCUGUCAUUUACUUUUGCAAUGGUGAUCAAAUUUUGAUUGCUUUACUACUUUUCGAGUCGCUUCUUUUGUCAUUUUCAAUAAAGGCUUUGUUUCAUCAUUAGUAGCUCUUUUUUUUUUUUUUUUUUUUUUUUGUUUUUUUUUUGGGAUAUAUACCACUCCCUAGCAUAUGCGGGUUAUCAAUGUAUUAAUAUGAGUACGAAAAUCGACUUUUGUUGCUUCCCAUUAAUGGCAAUCUUAUUUCUUUGAA